AGUUAAGCCAAGCCAAUGAGACCAGCUGCUAAUAAGUGGGCUUGGCUUACAAUAUAACAGUGGCAGGAGGAGGAGAGCAAAGCUACCGAGCCAGCGAGGAGUGAAGCAGAGCCCGGCCUCACGCGCGCUAGAGGACCACCUCCUGAGACAGAGUUCUUUCCCCCUUCUUCUCGCCCUGCUCCCCUUCUGCCCUCCCUGCCUGCCCACUACAAUGCAUUCUUGAGUGGCAGCGUCUGGACUCCAGGCAGCCCCAGAGAACCGAAGCAAGCCAAGGAGAGAGGACUGGAGCCAAGACACUCUGGUGGCGGAGCUUGGAUGCCUGGCUUUCUUUGAGGACAUCUUUGGAGCGAGGGUGGCUUUGGGGUGGGGUGUUGUGCUGCAGGGAAUCCAGCCAGGCCCCAAGAUGGACACUUCUGGGCACUUCCAUGACUCGGGGGUAGGGGACCUGGAUGAGGACCCCAAGUGCCCCUGUCCAUCUUCUGGAGAUGAGCAGCAGCAGCAGCCACAGCAGCAGCAGCUACCACCGCCGCCAGUGCCACCAGCAGCCCCCCAGCAGCCCCCGGGACCCUCGCUGCAGCCUCAGCCUCCACAGCUCCCGCAGCAGCAGCCGCCGCCGCCGCCGCCACCGUCGCAUCCCCUGUCUCAGCUCACCCAACUCCAGAGCCAGCCCGUCCACCCCGGCCUGCUGCACUCCUCUCCCACCGCUUUCAGGGCCCCCCCCUCGGGCAACUCCACCGCCACCCUCCACCCUUCCUCCAGGCAAGGCAGCCAGCUCAAUCUCAAUGACCACUUGCUUGGCCACUCUCCAAGUUCCACAGCCACAAGUGGGCCUGGCGGAGGCAGCCGGCACCGGCAGGCCAGCCCCCUGGUGCACCGGCGGGACAGCAACCCCUUCACGGAGAUUGCCAUGAGCUCCUGCAAGUACAGCGGUGGGGUCAUGAAGCCCCUCAGCCGCCUCAGCGCCUCCCGGAGGAACCUCAUUGAGGCCGAGCCCGAGGGCCAACCCCUGCAGCUCUUCAGCCCCAGCAACCCCCCGGAGAUUGUCAUCUCCUCGCGGGAGGACAACCAUGCCCAGCAGACCCUGCUCCACCACCCCAACGCCACCCACAACCACCAGCAUGCCGGCCCCCCUGCCAGCAGCACCACCUUUCCCAAAGCCAACAAGCGGAAAAACCAAAACAUUGGCUAUAAGCUGGGACACAGGAGGGCCCUGUUUGAAAAGAGGAAGCGACUGAGCGACUAUGCUCUGAUUUUUGGGAUGUUUGGAAUUGUUGUUAUGGUGAUAGAGACCGAGCUCUCUUGGGGUUUGUACUCAAAGGAUUCCAUGUUUUCGUUGGCCUUGAAAUGCCUUAUCAGUCUGUCUACCAUCAUCCUUUUGGGUUUGAUCAUCGCCUACCACACACGUGAAGUCCAGCUCUUCGUGAUCGACAACGGCGCGGACGACUGGCGGAUAGCCAUGACCUACGAGCGCAUCCUCUACAUCAGCCUGGAGAUGCUGGUGUGUGCCAUCCACCCCAUUCCCGGCGAGUACAAGUUCUUCUGGACGGCACGCCUGGCCUUCUCAUAUACCCCGUCGCGGGCCGAGGCCGACGUGGACAUCAUCCUGUCCAUCCCCAUGUUCCUGCGCCUGUACCUGAUCGCGCGCGUCAUGCUGCUGCACAGCAAGCUCUUCACCGACGCCUCCUCGCGCAGCAUCGGGGCCCUGAACAAGAUCAACUUCAACACCCGCUUCGUCAUGAAGACGCUCAUGACCAUCUGCCCGGGCACCGUGCUGCUGGUGUUCAGCAUCUCGCUGUGGAUCAUCGCCGCCUGGACUGUCCGCGUCUGCGAAAGUCCUGAAUCACCAGGCCGGCUCUCUCGCUCAUCACUUCCUGCUUGGUACCAUGACCAGCAGGACGUAACUAGUAACUUUCUGGGUGCCAUGUGGCUCAUCUCCAUCACAUUCCUUUCCAUUGGUUAUGGGGAUAUGGUGCCCCACACAUACUGUGGGAAAGGUGUCUGUCUUCUCACUGGCAUCAUGGGUGCGGGCUGCACUGCCCUCGUGGUGGCCGUGGUGGCCCGGAAGCUGGAACUCACCAAAGCAGAGAAGCACGUUCACAACUUCAUGAUGGACACCCAGCUCACCAAACGGAUCAAGAACGCUGCAGCCAACGUCCUGCGGGAAACGUGGCUCAUCUAUAAACACACGAAGCUGCUGAAGAAGAUUGACCACGCCAAGGUCAGGAAGCACCAGAGGAAGUUCCUCCAGGCUAUCCACCAACUGAGGAGCGUCAAGAUGGAGCAGAGGAAGCUGAGUGACCAAGCCAACACCCUCGUAGACCUUUCCAAGAUGCAGAAUGUCAUGUACGACCUGAUCACGGAACUCAGUGAUCGCAGCGAGGACCUGGAGAAGCAGAUCGGCAGCCUGGAGUCCAAGCUGGAGCACCUGACGGCCAGCUUCCACUCCCUGCCCCUGCUCAUCGCCGACGCCCUGCGCCAGCAGCAGCAGCAGCUGCUGUCUGCCGUCCUGGAGGCCCGGGGCGUCAGCGUGGCGGUGGGCACCACUCACGCCCCACUCUCCGAAAGCCCUAUUGGGGUCAGCUCCACCUCCUUCCCGACCCCGUACACAAGCUCAAGCAGUUGCUAAAUAAAACUCCCCACUCCAGAAGCGUUACCCGUAGGUCUUAAGAUGCAAAUCGACCGUCUCCUGGCCGCUUCGCCACCGAGGAACGUUGAGACCUGGCAACGGAAGCAAGCGAGGCCCAGCUGACUGACGGACUCGUGUUCAUCCAGCGUGCUUGGUUCGACUUGCCUUGAAACCGGAAACCGAAUCUCUGUCUAGGUGCCUCUACUUGGGAGCGGGAAGACGGCAGGAAGCGCCGCCUCUGGCAGGGCCCUUGCUGCAGAGUUGGUGGAGAACAGAAACCCACGCUCAAUCUCAGGUCUUCACGCGGGGGUGGGGGAGGCUGGGCGCACUGCAGGAGCCAGCCGCGGAGCCAGCCGGGGAGAGGGGUGGUGUCAGGCUUGGGGAGGGGCUGCUUGCCAAGGAGCCUGUUUCCUUUGGUCUGAGGAAGCCUUGGAGUGGGGAGGGGACAAGAGUAACAGAACUGCCCACAAUUUGCCAAACCAGACACACCCAGUUUAGAUGAGGGGUGGGGGAGACGCAACUCAAAGCCAGAUAUCCCAUCCAAUCUUCCUUAACACCCGUAUCUACCCGUGUGUGUGCAAUGGGCACGCACACACACACACACCCCACACUCAGUCCAGCUCCUUUCUAGUUUGAGCUUAGCCCACAUCAUAAAAAGGGGAAAAGGGGACCUGGUACCUUAUCCUGCACACAGUAGGUGCUCGGUAAACGUGCGUCUAGGUGGUUUGAUGCUGACGUGGGGGUGCUUGCGGUGCAGGUAGUCGGCUAGUGUCGGCCACUUUCUGAGCUGCACCCAAGAGGUGAGUCCCUUCCAAAGCAGUGUGGGCUGGUUAGCCCGGCGUGUGCCCCGCGCUUGGCUUGAGAUGAGUGCCACGCCACAAGUGUUGGCAUUCGGGAGGGAGAAGUGGGUUUCUCAAAACAACCACUUCUGCGGAGUUUUCUGUUUCCAUCGAAGCAAGCUGCGUACCAGUGGACCAUGUGACCAGGUGUAUGUGAGGGGCCAGGGACGGGUGCACACCAGUGACACCUCAGUAAGCAGAUGUCCCACCUGGGGAUUUGCUGCGCUGUAUCUGUCCAGCAGGAGGUUUCAGUCCCAGGCAUCAGGAGUGCAAAAGGGUCAAGUGCCUCACCUGUGAGCUGCCGAGCUGGGAGGAGAGGGGGUGGAGAGUGGCCGCAGGGCCCCUUCUGCCUGACCUGCGAGGCGGUGAAAGGAAAGGGAGCUCUUAGGGAGCCUUGUGGGUUAGGAAAGAGGACAGCGCUGCCCAGAGCCUGACCCUGUUGUCCCAGGUCACUCUCGGUGCAAAGACUAUCCAACACAUCUCAAACUCCAAGAGACUUCAGAAGCAUCGAGAUCCAGUGCAGUGCCAGGAAGCAAAGCUUCCUCUCAGCGCUCCAUAAUCUGACCACACAACAUUCGCGACGCGGAAGCCAGCGUGUUAUUCCUCACUUUUCCCAUUCAGAGGUCUUCAACUUCUGCUUGUGGAAAACCAACGCUAAGGCAUAGUUCAUCUGUUUAGGGUAAAGGGAAAGAGGGUGGCUUGCCUGUGGUUGUCAUCUUGGGCUUCGCUGGGUAACCAGACAGCAGCACCACGUGGAAGGCGGUGCCUGGAUGAGUCCCCUUGUACAGCACGGGGCCUGGUCUCCUAGCACAAGCGGCUCGCCGCAAGCCAGGGUGGAUAACCCGAGAGUGAGAGCUGCUCUGUGGCUCGGCCCCGCCCUCUGGCUCUGCUAUUGCUGCUGCCCCAAGCUCCCUCACGGUUUAUCUUAGGAACUGCCUUGAGCAUUUUCUAGAAUUGUUUCGCAUACCAGAGAUGCCACACCUGCUGUUGGCUUUUUAUUUUUUUACUUGUUCUUUUAACGUAUUACUUACCCGAAAGAUCUCUCCCUCACUUUUUUUAUGUCCCAAGAAUGGUGCUCCUGUUUUCAGUGACGGUCCCGCUGAACCUAGAAGCAGAUAUCUAGACAGAUGAAAUACCCAUGCAGUUCCUUUGUGGCAUUGGUUCCACUUCACAAAGCAAAGGCCACUGACAGGCCCGCCCUAGUGUGCCAAUCUUUUAACCAACCCACAGCCCUCAACUACUGGCUCCCACUCGGCCCUUCUAUUCUCCUGUAACUCUGCGAAGUGAGGGUGUGGGUGUGGGUGUGGGUUUGUGCACAUAGAAGGACUUAGUCUUUAUUUCAAAUAAAUGAUGUGUGAGAUUCCACUGCCACUCCUCCUGCCUAGAAGUGCACACAGACUGUCACUUAUCCGUCAUGGUCUGUGGAGAGCUCUUCAACCCAUCCCCGAGGCUCUCACUUAGGUAAACCCCGAGGACCAAGCCAGCAGCACUAGCCCAGGGAGUGGUGGGGGUCGUUUCCAUAGCAGUAGCCGCCGGCAUCCUGGAGACACACGAGUGUUGGCGGCAUGACUGACCAAUUGGUAGUGCAAUAGCUAUCCUUGGCAAAAGAGUGCUUUAAAAAAAAAAAAUAAUAAGUGACUGACUCUGCAUGUUGAUCCGCAGCAGUGCUUCUCUAGUUCGGUAUUUUAGCUUUAAGUGGGGGAAGUUAUGCCUUCUCCGGCAAGUACAAUCAAUCCUUGCUGACUUAGCUACUGGUGACCCUGGGUGUAGCUCGCCCAGGUUUUCCUCCUACAUCUGUUGGCUAAUUCCUCUCAGUCAGAUGAGAAAAGGGGGCAGGUGGAUUCUCACGCCAGGCCUUCUCAUACCCUACUUCCGAGUUUAGUAGUGGAGAUUUGAUUAUCUACUCUACAAUCAGCUGUCAUAAAACUGACUUCUGGGUAUCCUCACUCCAGUACUAAACUGGUUGAUUUCUGCCCACUCCUGGAAGGCUGACCCAAGGCAGUGGCUCUACUGCCGUCUUUCUGAUGACCCAGUGACAGGUCAAGGCUCUCGAAUAUUCCUUGCAAUGUCUGGAUGCUUGAAUUAGAACUGCAGAGCCACCCCCUUCCCCCAUCGCUUAAGCCAUAUUCUAGCUUCACGUACUGUAAAGCCAGGACGCCCUGUGCUGCCCUCAGACCACUGAUUCAGCGAGACUCCAAGACACAGCGUCAGUGGUGAAUCACGCCAGACGAGGGGCUCGCUCCUCCUUAGAUUGAAGUCCAAAUAAAAACCGCACCUUUGGAUCCAAGGCCACCUGUGUGUGAUCGUCAUUAGUAAGUCGCCAUGCAGCACCUAGGAUGAUGCCUGCUAUCUUCCGGACACGUGACUCAUGCCGCUCAGUCUCUGCAGUCCAGAGGAACAAGCGGGGUGAGGCCCUGAGUUCCUGCUGACAUCUGCCCUCAGCAGGAACUGGUGGUUGCAAGCAGCCUCAUCCAGCAGGAGACGGAGAGAAAUGCCCAAGUGCCCAGCGAGGGCGCGCUGUUGUUCUCAUUAGAUGCCAAGAAGGAAGAGCACCGCAGAAAUAACCAUUAUAAUGUACUUGGGGAUCUCCCUUUACAUUUCAGUUCUUCCCUUUAGAAUGAACAGUCAUGGAAAAGAAGAAAACCGGUGAUACAAAUCAGCAUCAGUAAAGAUCUAGGACAUCAGUGGCCGAGUAAUACGCCCACCUCAUGCACCACUUCCGCUGUAUUUAAAUGGAGACGUGGCUGAUAUCCCUAAGUACCAAAUAUCCAAAGAGAAACAUUGUCAUUAGCAGUGGCCCAGCCAGACUCCAUCCAGUCCGCACCUCGUGCUGAUUUGAGUGCAGUCGGGAGUUAACCAGUUAUUACCUACCCACUAGCAAGUGAGCUCAGCAGGGAGAAAUACAGGAUCUGCAUGCAGUUUCAGGACCUCCCUCCUUCCGGGCACAACUUGACGAACAGUGCAAACCCCCUUUCAGACUCAGUGUUCCUCCCCAGAACAACCGGCAUUGCCGCCGCCACGGUGCCGCGGCCGAGGCCCCGAGCAGCCAUUGCACUACCAGUAGGUUACCGCUCUUUUAAAGCCACUGUCUUUAAACCUUGAAGUGUGUCCCCGGCUUAUGCAGUCAUUCUGCUUCCCUGAAAGUUGCUAGCAGCAGUUUGAGGAUCCGCUGGUGGUGGCUUUGCCGUCCCUACUGACUCGGCGGCAUCUGGUUUCAGUACCUUAGACAGCUAUCUGCUGGCUUCCCGGCAGCCACGCCCAGCCCCUCUCCUCCCCCUCCCCCGGCAGGCAGUCUGCCCGCUCGACGACGCCCUGGGCAGUAUCCCUUCCUUCUGCACUGCCACAGAAGUUCUGGGUGUGGGACUGCUGGUGCCACUGGAAGGGAGCAUCCCAGGGAGGGCAAUAUUUCCCGUCCGCCUGUGGUGGUAGAGAGCUUGAGCCAGGCUGCGUGACCAGAAAUUAACAGUAUACUCCUGUCAGACAAGUAAUAUGUAGGUUUUUAUUGAACUAGACCACAGCUUAUUCAAAAGUACUCAGUGCAAUGGUAUAUACGUAUAUACAGAUAGAGAAAAAACAACUGUGAUCUUUUUGUCUUUCAUCAUUACUGGAAAUACCCCCACCAUGAACUGGAGUUCCCUCUGAACAAAACCAAUGUCAAAUCUUCAACGUAUGACCUCCAAAUCUAGGUGCCAAGCGCCCUGCGACACUUGUUUACACACCUGAGAAAUGUAUGCUGGAAGCUGUGAGCUUGGGCCCUGGACCAUGUGUUGAAACCAACAAAAGAGACGUCGUGACCAACCCAGCUGGUGGAGGAAAAGCACAAAAUUCAACACCAACCUGUAGUCAGGAUUCCAAAGAGAUGCUGACCUUUAUAGCCAAAAAAAAAAAAAAAAAGACAAAUCAAAUAUGAAUCUGAUUGGAACAGCCAGCAUCCAGCUUCACAGGACGGGGCACAUUCUGUGGUUGUGUCAUUGAACCAGGUUUCUGAACCCCAGCCAGGACUGUUCCAUCUCCGUCAGACACAAAUCUGAUGGUGCGACAGCUCCGUUUUGGCCCCAGACUCUCCAUUCUGCACUGGCCACAAGAGGAUAACAACAGAGUGACAGAUGUCCAUGGAGGAGACGUUAUCAUGGCAAACUCGGAAACUCAAGUGUUUAUACUCAGAAUCGGACGAGCUUCAACAUGAAUUUGCGUCUUGCCUCUGUACUGCUUGCUAUUUUUUAACCAUAGGAGAAAGCAUAACAGUUUAUUUUAAAUAUGAAAUAUAUUGCUAUAUUAUAAAAUAUAUUGUAACUUUCAAUUAA